GGAAUGGCUUUAUCUGGUUAGUUCAAACACCUUGGCGACGACGAUCACACUCCGUGCCGUGCAAGAAAACGUUCUAUUUUGCACUUCUGCUCCCGAUUUAUUGCCUGAGAAUCCGAAAUGGCUGAUCUUGGUGCUCCAGUGCGUGUAUCGCCAUUGAUCCGGUUUGGCCGUUGGUCGUUCCUGGUCGUUGGUGUGGCCUACGGUGCCUACCAUCAGCAGCGUUUGGCCAAGCGCGAAGUCGGAAUCCGUGAAAUCGAAGCUCAGCAGAAGGUGAUCCGGGAUGCAAAGUUGGCCGAGGAGAAGAAGCGAAACCAGGAAGCCGAAGCGAAGGCUAUCGCCGAACUGUCCGGACCCAGCAAGAAGUAGAUCCGAUGAUGUGGGACUCGAUGCUUCUUCCGCCUAAAGACUCCGCGUAACAUCUUGAGUCUUGUAAAAACACUGCAGUACUGGAACGGAAAUAAAUUCAUACUUAGGAAGUAA